GCAGCAGCAGCGGAGGCGAGUGCGAGGGAGGUAGUGAGCGGUGUCCGGCCCCACCAUGCUGAUCGCGCUCGCCCCGCCAGCCGUGCCCGGGCUCACAGGGCGACUACCCUCGGCCCCUGCGCAGCGCCAGGACUCCUCCGGUUCGUCAGGCUCCUACCACACGGCUCCGGGUUCUCCAGAGCCCCCGGACAUUGGGCCAGACGCGCAGGGCCGGGCGAAUUGGCCCCGGGUGGCCCCUGCGCUGGGGGCGGGGGCGCAGCCUCGCCUGUCCGUCAGCGCCCAGAAUAGCCUCCAGCAGCUCCCGCCCGGCUCGGGUUUCCCGCGAGGCCCGGGCUCAGGCCCGCGGCCGCCCCAGCCCCAGCUGCGCAUGCUGCCGUCGGGGGAAAUGGAAGUCAUCUUCGGCGCGGGGGCCCUGUUCAGCCCCUCUGACUCCGCGGAUGGUGAGGUGCAACAGAUCACAGCGCGGGCUUUCCGAAGCCUCUCUCCACCAGGGCCCAGGUCUCCCUCCCCGGCCGCACCACAGCCCCAGCCCCCCGACGGUGGCUCCCGCUGGGCUACCUACCUGGAGCUGCGGCCCCGUGGGCCGGGUCCCGCCACCCCCGCGCAGUUCGAAUGUGUGGAGGUGGCGCUGGAGGAGCGUGCGGCGCCCGCCAGGCCCCGGACGGUGCCCAAGCGUCAGAUCCAGUUGCGCCCCCGGCCUCGGAGUCCCCCGCGGGAGGCUUGCGCGCCGCGCCCCCGACUGUUCCUGCGUACCGGCUCCCUGGACGAGUCCCUGGGCCGCCUGCAGGCCGCCGCGGGCAUCGUGCAGGCGGCGCUGGCCAGAAAACUGAACCCCGUGGCUCCUGCCCCAAGCAGCGCCACCUUCGGGCCCACGGAUCAACCAGAGCCCGAGACUCGGAAAACGGACAGCAGCACCCGAAUGGUCCAGGAGGAUGGCAGGUCUCGGCCACCCCGAGUGCAAUAUAAUUCAGCCCCUGCCAGGGCCCCACGGCCGUGGCCCAGCCUCCGUGAACGCGCGAUUCGGCGCGACAAGCCCGCUCCCGGGACCGAGCCACUGGGUCCGGUUAGUUCCAGCAUCUUCCUGCAGUCAGUGGAGAAGACCCAGGAGACGCAGAACCAGGAACCCAAGACUAGGUUCCCGGGAGAGACUCCGGAUCGAACCAUUCUGAGGCCACAGAGUCCGCCUUUCGAAUCCAGGGACCCCCGGGAAGUUCCAAGUAAGGCUGUGAGGCCGAGGAGCCCGGCCUCGCUGGGGCAAGCUCCAAAUGGAGCCGUGCGGGGUUCUCACUGCCUGGCCCCGCAGAACCUGCCCCCGUGGGAUCGGGCUAUUCGGAAGGUGAGUAGCCCGUCCUUCCCCCAGGCAUACUCCGCAUGGGAAAGUCAGGAUCCCACCGUCGAGGAAACUGUCAGCAGAAAAAGCUCUUCCCCUCUGACCCUUUCUCCGUGGAGGCCGGGUGUUGCCAGGGCAAGAAGCCCGUCCCCUGAGGCCCCUUCACGGUGGGAGGUUCCACAUCCCGAAAUCGGAGCUACAGUAGAGAGGAGUAGGAGCCCAUCGCCGCCGGCCUUGAUCUCAGGGGAGGCUCCAGCUCGUCCUGUUGGGACGAGGAGCCCAUCGCCCCAAGAGACGUGGGCUCCCACAGUGCAGAGUUCUUCGGUAGUCUCUAUGCGGGAAGCCGUGAACGGCGUGGUCCAGGGGAAGCUGGCGCCGCCUACGCCAUCCUCACCCAGGACUCCAGAGCUAACGGAGGCUGGGAGUCCUUCCACGCGGGAGAUGCUGGAUCUUGCCUCCCGAGGCAGUCAGCGGUCGCCAGAGGUGGCUGCACCCGACCCGCCCUUCAGUCGCCUCGUGGGCACCGUGGAUUCGGAUGAGCGCCCAGAAGCCUUGGGCCCUGGAGAAGCGGCUCCGGAACGCCCGCGUGUGGCUAUUCCACGGCCCCGCGACGUGCGCAAAAUGGUGAAAACCACAUACGCGCCGAGCUUCCCGGCUGGAAUCCCAGGCUCAGGGCUGCCUGCGCCUCCUGCGGAUUCCCGCUGGGAAGAGGGUGGUGCAUCCAAGACGCAAGAGCUCCAAGUGCCGGGGACCCCCGCCCCGGCUCACUACACUUCUGUUUAUCUCAAGGACUUUCUACCGGUGGUAUCGCACCCCUACGAGUCCCCAGAACCACCCCCCAACACAGCCCCCCGGGACGCUUCUCAGCCCAACGGGGUCCUGCGGCGAAGGGCAGAGAACAGCACGGCGAAACCCUUCGCGCGCACUGAGAUCCGCCUGCCUGGUGCCCUGGCAUUGGGCCGCCGGCCAGAGGAAACCAGGGGAGUCCUGGUGCGCUGUUCUGGAGGGGGAAACCCGGUUACCGAGGCCCAGCGCCUUGUUCCGGAUGGUGAGGGUACGACCAGCCCCCUAGGUGGAGCUCGCACCUUACCCCAACAGUCGUCCAUAGGGCCAGCAGGGGUCCAACCGUCUGGACCACCCCGCCCCAGCUCCCCUCAGGUGCACCCUAGCUCGAGUCCUGGGAGAGCACCCAAAUUGGAGACUCCCCCUUCGGCCCCCGAGCCUGCGACUGCGACCCAGGUGCCUGUCCUGCGGGAGCCCCAGGCAUUGGCUGGCAUAAAGGCUCCGCCCCAGCCCCGCGCAGCCUCUGCUCCUCCGAUGGACCGGUCCCCUGACGGCCCCUCCCCGGGGUCACGCAGGCCACCUGGGGCCGCGCGCACGGGGAAGGUCCUCGUGGACCCUGAGAGUGGCCGCUACUACUUCGUGGAGGCGCCGCGGCAGCCUCGGCUGCGGCUGCUCUUUGACCCUGAGAGCGGGCAGUACGUGGAGGUGCUUCUGCCGCCCUCGCCCCCGGGGCUACCCCGACGCAUCUACACCCCGCUGGCCCUAAACCCCAGCCUCUACCCGCCCGCCUAUGGGCCUAUCCCUGGCCUCUCACUGCCGCCAUCCCCGGGCCCGCCACCCUUCAGCGGCACCCAGCUACCCUGGGCUUCCGAGGCGGGGUCCCUGGACGGGAUGUACUACCUGCCCGUGAGUGGGACCCCCAGCCCUGCACCCCCUCUGUUCCUCUGUGCUCCUUCUACCAGCUUGGGUCCGAGUCCUGCCCAGGCCAGUAAGGGCUCCUUGUUCCCUGUGUGAGGCCCCCAGGACCUGAUCCGCAUGGUGUUGAGGCCUAUUGAUGGCCUUGAAAGAGUCAGGCAUCCAAUCCCCUGCCCGUCUUCUGUCACCUUUUUUGUCCAUCUCAUCUAGUCCUCAGACCGGAAGUUACCUUCAGAGAAUGUAACUGAGCCCCUGGAGCUGAUGGAGCUGGGGCUCAGGAAGUGACUGCCUUCCUUCCACAACAGCAUUGUGUACCCCUUUCCCAAGCAUUCCCAGAGUGUGGUGUGUGUGGGUGUGUGUGUGCGCGCGUGGGAAAGAGAGAAGUCUUGGGACCCGUCCCCAGGAGCCAGGCUGAGGGGGUGUUGGUGUUCCCUAGGAACUGCAGGAAUUGGGAGCAGCAGGGGACAGGGCUGCCCGCAGAGGUAGUAGUUGUCCGUUCCUCCCUGGAGGUGGGCCCAGCUGAAGUGGAGCAGGCUAGUGAGCAACAGUGGGAUGGAGGGAGAAGGACUCUGGCCAUCAAUCUGUUAUGCUUUGGAAGAGAAUCUAAGCCUUGGCCUGGGAGGCUGUGAGGGGAAGUGGCCAGUGCAGCCAGGUCAGGCUGUGUCCGAGAAAGGGAGUUGUAGGGACAGCAGGUGGAGGUGGAGCAGGGAAGUAGUACAGGAGGUGCUAUGGGGUACUUGGAGGCAAGUGGGAAAGUGGCUGUAGUCCUUAGCUGGGGGCCCCACCCUGUAUUCCCCCAUCAACCCUGGCUUCUGACUUGGCUUCUCUAAGCCUUCAGAGCUGAGCUGGCUCAUCCUGGGGCCAGGGAUGGGGGCUUCAGCCAUUCCCACCCUGAGUAGGGAGCAGAUGAAGUGAGUCUUCAGGAAGGACUUACAAGCAGGAAAAUGGUUGAACAGUUCUUCCAGAGGAGCCUCCUGACCCCUCUGGAUGGAGCAGAGAGUGGGAUAGGGCAGACAGUAGAAGGGACGCUUCUGUGUGGGUUUGGCCAGAGAGAACUUAGAGCCCUCAGCUGGUUUCACUCCCCCAGCGCAGAUGUGACAACCACGCUGAGAGGCGCUGGCUCUGCAGGCUGCUCACAGCAUAGUAAGGGACGGGCCCCAGAGCAUGCGUUCCAGCUGCCCUGAGGUUCCAGCAGCCGCUGAGGAGGGCAGAGGAAGAUGCGUGGAGUUAAGUGGAAGGUGCUCUGUGCGGGGGUCUGUGUGAGUUCUGAGCUUGAAGUGCCCGGACCUUGCUGCACAGGUAUGUGACGUGAUGAGUUUGGGGAAGAAGAGUGCCUGUUAGAAGCAGUAUUCAGGGCGGAGAUGGAUGCCUUCGUUAAGUUUCAUGCCCUUGGGAGACCCUGCCCCUGCCUUGAACUGGAAGCUGACUGUGAGAACUAUGAACCAGAAAAAGCUGGACAUCUUUUCAUGGCCAGAGAUGCUGUUUCCAUAACAUGGAGGGCCUUGGGCUUGUCACCUCAUCCUGGUGAGCAAUAAAUCUCUGACCCAAUGGGCUCUGAUGGCUGGAACAACUGG